GCUUUUGCCCUCGGCCCUCCAUGGCCACACAUGAGCUAGGUUUAGGGCUCGCUUCCUCCGCCAUGGCGAUUCGUACGAGCACAGGAAUUCCCCAGCAGCUCGCCUGGCACGCAUUUCACGCUUGCAUCGUCAAUGGCAAGAGCGCCACCUCGCUCCUGCAUCGGGCACAGCAGCAGCAACGUCGGCGGACGAGGCGGGCCGUGCUCCUCCUUGUCCUGCCGCCAAGCUCCCGGAGAUUUACAACGUUUUCCUCAUCCGCAACCAGCGUCGAGACGACGAGCAGCACACAGGAGCACGAGCACGAGCACGAGCACGAGCAGCCAGGAGUCAGUGGUGAUGCCAUCAGGAGAACGUUUCUCAACUUCUUCGCAGCUCGCGGCCAUCAACUUUUGCCGGGCUCUUCCCUGGUUCCGGACGAUCCCACGGUCUUGCUCACCAUCGCGGGCAUGCUGCAAUUCAAGCCCAUAUUUCUUGGACAGGUGCCCAGACGAUUUGCUUGCGCUGUCACGUCCCAGAAGUGCCUCCGGACAAACGACAUUGAGAACGUCGGUCGGACAAGUCGACACCACACUUUCUUUGAGAUGCUUGGCAACUUCAGCUUCGGGGAUUACUUCAAGCACGACGCCAUUCGAUGGGCCUGGGAGCUCGCAACGUCAGAAUACAAGCUUCCUGCUGCUCGUGUAUGGGUCAGCGUGUACAAGGAUGACGAUGAAGCCCUCGCCAUAUGGCGUGACCACGUAGGAAUUCCAGAGGAACGUAUAAAGAAGCUGGGAGAGGAAGAUAAUUUCUGGGCAAGCGGUCCAACGGGACCUUGUGGUCCUUGCUCCGAGAUGUAUUUCGACUUCCAUCCAGAGAGAGGGACCGAUGAUGCGGAUCUUGGAGAUGAUACAAGAUUUUUGGAGUUUUACAACCUGGUGUUCAUGCAGUAUAACCGGAAUGACGAUGGGAAACUAGAACUUCUUAAGCAAAAGAAUAUCGAUACUGGUCUUGGCCUCGAGCGCAUGGCAAGAAUACUGCAAAAGGUGCCAAAUAACUACGAAACAGAUCUCAUCUAUCCUAUCAUCCAACGUGCUUCUGAGCUGGCUGGAGUGAAUUAUACAGCUGCUGACGACCGGACUAAAACGUACCUCAAGGUUAUUGGUGAUCACUCCCGAGCAGUGGUUUAUCUCAUUUCGGAUGGAGUGACCCCUUCAAAUAUUGGCCGCGGAUACAUUGUGCGUCGCCUUAUUCGAAGGAUUGUUCGCAUGGGACGGCUGCUAGGUAUUCGGGGUGACGGUGAAGGGAAUUCGGAAGGAACGUUCUUGCCUAGCCUUGCAAAAGUGGUCAUUAGCAUGAGUUCUAACGUGGACCCGGACGUGAAACAAAAUGCGGGGCGUAUUUUUGAAGAGCUGGAGAAGGAAGAGCUACGAUUUGUUCAGACACUGGAAAGAGGAGAGAAGCUACUUUCUCAGAAGCUGGAGGAAGCCGCGGCUGCCUGCAGACGAGAUGGAAGCACCAAGCCAGUUUUAUCCGGGAAAGACGUGUUCAUGCUCUAUGACACUUACGGGUUUCCCGUGGAAAUCACCGAAGAAGUUGCUGGAGAGAAUGAUGUCCAAGUUGACAUGGCGGGCUUUGAGACUGAAAUGGAGUAUCAAAGGAGGCAAUCUCAGGAAGCUCACAACGUGGUCAAGCUGUCAGCUGGAGGGACAGCCGCAGAGCUUACAUCCUUGGUUGAGACUAAAUUUGUUGGCUAUACGACGCUCGAGUCUAUUGCAGAAGUGCGGGCAUUGAUUGCUAGAGGAGGACUUGUUACGGAGGUUCGUGAAGGAGAUGAAGUGGAGAUCGUUUUGGAUACAACUCCUUUCUAUGCAGAGUCCGGUGGCCAAAUUGGUGAUAAUGGACUGCUUGUCUGCCGGGGCGGUGAAACAGAUUGCAUCGUUCAGGUGAAAGAUGUCCAGAAGCUCGGUAGCAACUUAAUUAUCCACAAGGGAAUUGUUCAGCAAGGCACAAUGGCUGUCGGGAAUAACGUCCAAGCUCUUGUCGAAUCUAGUUUGAGGAGGCGUGCACAGGCUCAACACACUGCAACUCACCUUCUCCAAGCAGCCUUGAAGAAGGUUUUGGGGUCCGAAACUUCCCAAGCUGGUUCAUUGGUUGCAUUCGACCGUUUGCGGUUUGAUUUUACGCUGUCAAGAAAGAUGGCAGAGGAGGAAGUUGUUCAAGUGGAAGCACUCGUAAACGAAUGGAUAAGCAUGGCCGUUCCACUAGAAUGGAAGGUGAUGCCACUGGCAGAAGCAAAAAACAGCGGUGCUAUUGCGAUGUUUGGCGAGAAGUAUGGAGAACAGGUGAGAGUCGUUGAUGUUCCAGGAAUAUCCAAGGAACUCUGUGGAGGCACUCAUGUAAGCAACACAAGUGAGAUCCGAGGCUUCAAAAUCGUGCUGGUGGAAGGCAUCGCAUCAGGUGUCAAGAGAAUAGAAGCAGUAGCCGGCAAUGCUUUUAUAGACCACAUCUUCGCACGGGAGAAUGCUCUAAGGCAAAUAUGCUCCUCACUCAAGGCCAAGCCAGAAGAUCUCCCAGCCCGAAUAUCAGGCCUACAAGACGAACUCAAAGCUCUGAAAAGCGAAGCAACAAGCUUGAGAGCGAAAGUUGCCAUUGCCGAAGCCGACGUGUUAACAGGCAGAGCUCUCCUAGUUGGUCCAGGAGGCGUAAGGAUACUAGUUGGAGCUCUGGAAACUACCGACGUGGAUUCACUUCGUGCAGCGGUAGAGCACUGUGUUGCACUUCACGGGGAUCCCUCGGCAACUUUACUAGGAGCAUGCACUGAGGAUGGCAAAGUUAGCCUGGUUGCGGCCUUCAGCCCGAGUGUAGUAAAGCACGGGCUUAAAGCUGGAGCAUUCGUGGGGUCUGUUGCCAAACUCUGUGGUGGAGGUGGAGGGGGUCGACCAGAUUUUGCUCAGGCUGGAGGUAAGCUCCCAGACAAGCUUCCAGGUGCGAUAGAAAAGGCGAAGGCUGACUUGUUAGACUUACUGGCGGGCUUUCAACUGCCGUGAUAUAGCACAUACUUGUCUCUGCACCGUGUCAAAAACUGUAUAAAAUUGCUCACUUGAGAAGCUGCGCUUGUCGCAAUUGAUCUACAA